AUGCAUGCCGGCCAGCGACUGCAGGGCUGCCGCUCCCUGCACCUCAACGAGGACAACGGCCGCUUCGCGCUGCUCGCCCUGCUCAUCCUGCUGUACCUGCUGUGCGGCGCUGCGGUCUUCUCCGCCAUCGAGAGGCCGUCGGAGCUGCGGGCUCACGGCCGCUGGAACGGGACGCUGCUCAACUUCAGCGAGACCUUCAACAUCAGCCUGCAGGACCUCAACUCCUUCCUGCGGGAGUACGAGGCUGCCAUCGCCGCGGGGAUCCGGGCUGACGCUCUGAGACCCAGAUGGGAUUUUACUGGGGCUUUUUAUUUUGUUGGAACAGUGGUGUCGACUAUAGGAUUUGGGAUGACAACACCUGUGACAGUUGCUGGCAAGGUGUUUCUGAUUUUUUAUGGGCUUCUGGGCUGUGCUGCCACCAUCCUGUUCUUUAACCUCUUCCUGGAGCGCAUAAUCACACUUCUGGCUGUGGUGAUGAAGGCUGUGAGGGAGAGGCGGAUCAGGAACAGUGGGUUGCUCCCACCAGGCAUUCGACAUGACUUCUCAGCCUACUCCCUCCCGGGAUGGAAGCCCUCUGUGUACCACGUGAUGCUGAUUCUGGGCCUGUCGGCCAUCACCAUCUCCUGCUGUGCAUCAGCUAUGUACACCCCUGUAGAGGGUUGGGUUUACUUGGACUCGCUCUACUUCUGCUUCGUCACCUUCAGCACCAUCGGUUUUGGGGACUUCGUGAGCAGCCAGAGCGCCGUAUACGAAUACCAAACCCUGUACAGGGUGGCUAAUUUCUUCUUCAUGCUAAUGGGCGUGUGCUGCAUUUACUCGCUCUUCAAUGUCAUUUCUAUUGUCAUCAAGCAGGUGCUCAACUGGAUGCUGGAGAAAAUGAGCUGCUUAUUUUGCCAACGUUGCAAUAAAGCCAACGCCGUCCUGGGCAGACGUAAUGCCAUCCGACCGGGCUCCAGGGGUCGCCAAGGUCGUUUUGGCCAGACGCCUGACUCAGACGGACCUUGUGAUAGCGACACAGAAGGACGGAGGCUAUCGGGGGAGAUGAUCUCGAUGAAAGACCUCGCGGCCUCUAACAAGGUGUCGCUGGCCCUCAUGCAGAAGCAGCUGUCUGACUCUGCCAACGGCUAUCCCAGGACAGUCUGCGGUAGCUCCCGCCAUAAUGGCUUCUCUGGGGGGGUCGGCGCACUCGGUAUCAUGAACAACAGGUUGGCAGAAACAAGUAACUCGAGGUAGAGGGCAGAGGCAGAAAAAUACACGAGAGCUCUUAUUCUUUAAUGUAAAAAAAAAAAGGCUUUUGAAAGGGAAUGCCAGAGUAACUUGUCACAUGUGAUGCAUUCUGGGAAAGGCAUUCUUUGAUUCCAAGUACAAGCCUACUGUAAUAAUGUAACGAUGGGGAUUCCCUUAACAAUGACUUGAUGACGGCAUGAAGAGAGUACCACAGAGUCAUCUCUAAACACCAGUUGACCUGGAAGCAUGGGGACCACCCAUCGUCCAUUUCAUUGACCUCAAACCCAAAAAUGGACAAAUUGCUGUGAGUAACUUAAAUUAAAACUUAAAGAGUGUUUAACUGCAGUAAAAACGGUCUGCUAUACUAAAUCAGUAUAUUGGAUGUUUUAAUGACUGUGUGUAGUGCUGUAAAGAACCCAGGGGGAAGGAUACAGCACAGUUUUUAUUGUCUUGGGAUUUUGCCAGUUUAUUUGAAUGUACAUACUGAAUGCUGAUAAAACUGUAUAACCGCUGAAUGAUAAAGCACAUACUGAUCUAUGCAUUAUACCUCUCAUGCAUUUUGCACCACUUCCAGACCAUCCAUUGAUU